GUGUUGUGUCAACUCAUAGUAGCGCUUCCUUGUUUCCAGUAUGGCUUUGCAAUAACGCAUGUCGCAUUUAUUUAGGAAAUUAUUUUAAUAGUUAAUUUGGUAUUUCGGGUUAAGAUCAAUUCAGUGUUUUACACUUAAACGUUCGAAAUGGGUUUACUGACGAUCUUGAAGAAGAUGAAGCACAAGGAGCGCGAAAUGCGUCUACUGAUGCUAGGUCUUGACAAUGCUGGAAAAACAACCAUCCUGAAGAAGUUUAACGGCGAAGAUGUCAGCACGAUCUCUCCAACAUUAGGCUUCAACAUAAAGACACUCGAGCACAGAGGGUUUAAGCUGAAUAUCUGGGAUGUGGGUGGCCAGAAGUCAUUGAGAUCAUACUGGAGGAAUUAUUUUGAGAGUACAGAUGGACUGGUGUGGGUAGUGGACAGCGCUGACAGAUUGAGACUGGAGGACUGCAGGAAAGAGCUGAGUACUUUAUUACUAGAGGAGCGAUUAGCGGGAGCUACUCUGUUAGUUUUUGCCAACAAACAGGACCUACGUGGUGCUUUAUCAAAAGAUGACAUUCGAGAGGUUUUAGCCCUUGAUGACAUUAAGACCCAUCACUGGUGCAUUUUGGGAUGCAGUGCUGUUACAGGUGAGAACCUGCUAACAGGUGUGGACUGGCUACUUGAUGAUAUAGCAGCUCGGAUCUUCACAGCUGACUGAUGGACUGAAUAUUUAACAUUUUGGAGAUGGAUAAUAAAAUGACCUUGUUGGAAUGAAAAUGUAUGCAAUGCAAAUGUUUUUCAAGUGUGUUUAAGAUGGAUGUCCAAGUAGCUGUACUACCAACAGGUAAUGUGUUUUUGAAAGCUAUUUGCUUUAAAAGCUUGGAAAUGGAAGCUAUUUUUGUUUUCCUUGUAUACUGUUCAACACCACUUGUAACUAGCUCCGAGUGUUCAGCUGCAUUAAGAUACAUCAUGUCUGCCAAGAAUACACUCUGCUUAAACAAA